CUUUCUUCUCUCGGUAGGAAGAGAAAAAAAAAUCAGAUUUUGCAAAAACAAAAUUUAGGGUUUAAGAAAUCUUUCUUGAGUGAGUUUCGAGCUUCUUCCGAAGAACAGUUCCAACUUCAGCAGCCAUGGCGAGCACCAAAGUUCAGAGGAUUAUGACUCAACCUAUUAAUCUGAUCUUCAGGUUUCUCCAAAGUAAAGCUCGGAUUCAGAUUUGGCUUUUCGAGCAAAAAGAUUUGAGGAUUGAGGGACGUAUUACUGGUUUUGAUGAGUACAUGAAUUUGGUGCUGGAUGAAGCUGAGGAAGUAAGCAUCAAGAAGAAGACUAGAAAACCACUUGGAAGGAUUUUGCUUAAAGGAGACAACAUAACUCUGAUGAUGAACGCCGGGAAGUGAUGUCUGUUGCAAUGGAGGAAUGAUCUAACUAUAUCGGAUGGUUUAAGAGUUCUUGUUUCCUCUCUUGUUUCCUUUGGGAAUUGUUGUCUUUUUGCUUACUGUCAAAUUGAAAAAAUUCACUUGCAAAACCUUUCAUAAGAAAAAAAAAGUUUCUUACAUAGAAAACUCAAAUCCAA